UCUCCCAUGUUUCCAAAGUUCAUUUUUGGAUCACCACCCAAGUUUGGGGACCUGGGUUUUGUUCUCUUCGUUUUGCUUUUCACUCGUCCACAAAUGACUGCACCAAAGCUUGGCCACAGAUUCUUCAAGUUCCGUGCACUGUUUCUCACUGUGAGUGCCCCAAGCUGAUCCUCAUCAGCAAAAGCCACACGUCAGUUUCAUAGUAAAAUUAUUAUCCGUUUAUUCCCUUCUUCUCACCUGUCAAAUCUUGCAGCCACCACUCCUUCUCUCUCUCUCUCUCUCUCUCUCUGUGCACUUUCCGUUUUCAAAAAGGACAAGGAAAACUGAAUCAUAAAUCAUAAUUCAAAUGGUUGCUAAGGACUAUGAUCCCUUGACAUGCGUGGUUGGUGUAAAGAUGGGUAGGAUCAUGCAAAGUAUUGAUCACUCAAGGCUUUUCUGGCUGUUUUUUGGGAUCUUCCCUCACGUUUACCACGAGGGGAAGCCUCGGAUUUAGGAUUCUAGAAUACAACCUUGGAUAAUAGCACAAAACAAACUUUGUUGUUUCUGGUUUUUUCGUUUUGUUCUUUCCUUUUGGACUCUUUCUGCACAUGAGUUGUGGAUGUGGUGCAUGCUAUAGCUUUGGAGGUUAGGUGAUUGUUAGUUAUUUAGUUUGAGUAUAUAGUUAAGGAUUCAACAUGUAUUCCCAUAAAGGGUGUAAGGAGGAUACCAAAGCUGAGCCUCGUUACAUGGAAACCGACCCAACUGGUAGAUAUGCUCGGGUUGGAGAUAUUCUAGGAAAAGGGGCAAUGAAGACAGUAUAUAAAGCAAUUGAUGAGGCCCUUGGAAUAGAGGUAGCAUGGAACCAGGUCAAACUCAAUGAGGCACUUCGCAAACCAGAGGACUUGGAGCGGCUCUAUUUAGAGGUUCAUCUCCUCAGCACCCUCAAGCACCAAUCCAUCAUGAGGUUUUACACCUCUUGGAUUGAUGUUGACAACAGGACCUUCAAUUUCAUUACAGAAAUGUUUACUUCAGGGACACUAAGAGAAUACAGGAAGAAGUAUAAGCACAUAGGCCUACAAGCAAUAAAGAGUUGGGCUCGCCAAAUCUUACAGGGUCUUGUUUAUCUACAUGAACAUGAUCCUCCAGUAAUUCAUAGGGACCUCAAAUGUGAUAACAUAUUUGUUAAUGGCCAUCUUGGACUAGUAAAAAUUGGUGACCUAGGUCUAGCAGCAAUUCUUCAUGGUUCUCAGCCAGCCCACAGUGUUAUAGGCACCCCAGAGUUCAUGGCACCAGAAUUGUACGAGGAGGAAUACAAUGAACUGGUUGAUGUGUAUUCAUUUGGCAUGUGUGUUCUGGAAAUGCUCACAUCUGAUUAUCCAUAUAGUGAAUGUGCUAACCCUGCACAGAUAUACAAGAAAGUGACAUCGGGUAAGCUACCAGCAGCAUUUUUCCGGAUUGAAGACACUGAAGCACAGAAGUUUAUUGGAAAAUGUCUAGUAAGUGCAGCAAAAAGGCCAUCAGCAAAAGAAUUGUUGCAUGAUCCAUUUCUUCUGUCUGAUGAUGCAUCAUCCAUGACAAAGAUUGGAACUCAAGAGCCAUUUUUAAAUUACGGUGAAAUGGAAAAGCUUCAAUUGAGUGAUGAUUCACCUAGGAAUGAAAUGUCAAUAACUGGGAAGCUGAAUUCAGAAAACGAUACAAUCUUUCUCAAAGUGCAAAUUUCUGACAAGGAUGGUUCUUGUAGGAAUGUAUACUUUCCCUUUGACAUACACACAGACACCCCUAUUGAUGUCGCUAUGGAGAUGGUGAAAGAAUUGGAGAUCACAGAUUUGAAGCCUACUGAUAUUGCAAAUAUGAUUGAAGGAGAGAUAUCUGUGCUGAUGCCAAAUAGGAGGAAUAGUAACUGUUCAGACACCUUCCAUACAUUCAGUUAUCAUGAUGAUGACGACGAUGAAGGUCCUCGCCAUCAUUUCCACUCGAUCUCUUCUUGUUCAUCACCCCACGAAUCAAUAUCAGGCUCAAUAAGUAGAGCUGAUGACUUCUUGAAUGGAUAUUAUUGGCUUCAUGGUGAUAUACAUGAUGAUGCGAGUUCAAUAUGCUCUUCACAUGGGACAUAUUCCAACUCAAACUUUUGUUCAGUGGAUGACCAUGAGGAACACAACAAGGCUUCUACAAGAAAAGAUAAACAUUCCAUCAUAAAGAGUCACAUGUGUACAAGAUUUUCCCCUAAUGAAGACCCCCUCACUUUGAAUCAGUGUAAAGUUUUAGCAGCAUCACAAGCUGGCAAAAGUAAGAGGGUGGUGGACAAUCGUAGACUAACAAGGAACAAAUCAUUGAUUGAUAUGAGGAGCCAGUUACUACACAGAUCACUGGUUGAGGAGGUAAACAAGAGAAGGUUAUUCAAGACAGUUGGAGCUGUGGAGAAUAUUGGAUUUGUGACACCUUAUGAGGUUACCAACAAAAAGUCACAACCAUCAUGUGCUGGUGCUUUUGAUGUGAUGAACUCUUCUAGAAGGAGCAAGGGAGAAAACUUUAGAAACAGAAAAGGUUAAAAAUGGCUCUUUGAAAUCGAAGAUGGCUAGAGAAAAUGGUAAGGGUUAUGUGCUAUGGAGUUGUUUAGACAUUCAAGGAAUAAUGGUAUGAUUUGAAGGAAAUAUUCAUCUUGAAGGUUGGCCAUAGAUUCAUGUACCUAAAUAAUUGUAUUGUUGGGGUGUUGGGUUUAAAUGAGUGUAAAUAACUUGCAUCAUGGAAUGACCUUUCUCGAUGAAUGAGUUUGCUUAAAUAGAUAAAUAAACAUGAAAAGUUUUGUGAUAA